CCAAAGCCUGAUUCACUCAAACCAAUCGUAAGGCAUAAAUAACUGCUUUCUCUUCCUUCUCCUUCCUCUGCAAUACACUCGGGGAGUAGGGGGAGACAGAACAAUGAAAAUGGCGAUGGACAUUCUUACUUGCUUGCUAUUACUUCAACUAAUCGCCCAACUCACUCAUUCUGCCAGCUUAAACUUCGAUUAUCUCAACGUUCACGACCUCCUCUCCUCCACCAGCCGCCACCCUCCCCAUUACUCCACCAACCUCCAUUCAAACACCGCCGCCGCUGGCCAACGCAAUCUCCAUCUAGAACUCCACCACCGCCACUCUAUCUUCCCCACAAAACUCCAACCUUUAUCCGACCUUCUCCCCCGCGACCUCCGCCGUGUUGCCGCACUGCAACGCCACCUCUCCCCACCCAAAUACCAACUCACUGACUUCACCUCCGACGUCUUCUCCGGCGUCGACCAAGGCACCGGAGAGUAUUUGCUCCGCCUCGGCGUCGGCUCACCCCCCGUUGACGAGUUCCUCGUCAUUGACUCCGGCAGCGACAUCAUCUGGCUCCAAUGUCAACCUUGCUCUCAAUGCUAUCCGCAAUCCGACCCUGUUUUCGACCCAGCCCGUUCCACCUCCUUCUCCCCCGUCCCCAGAAGUUCCCCAAUAUGCGCUCUCAUCGCCGACGCCGCCGCCGCCGCCGACGCCGACGAGCCGUGCAAUUACCGAGUCGGCGACGGUUCGUACACUCGCGGUAAUCUGGCUCUCGAAACGCUUACCUUCGGAACCACCGCCGUCGGAGAAGUGGCUAUCGGCUGCGGGCACCAAAACGGCGGCCUUUUUGUCGGUGCGGGGGGGCUGCUGGGCCUCGGAUGGGGCCCACUUUCAUUAGUGGCCCAGCUCGGUGGGGUCGCCGGCGGAUCCUUCGCUUACUGCCUUCCGAGCAGGGGAUCCGUGGUCGGCGAAAUGGUGUUCGGGAGAAGCGAGGCCGUACAGGAGGGAGCGGUGUGGGUUCCACUUCUCCGGAAUCCUCGGGCCCCGAGCUUCUACUACGUGGGCCUCACCGGUCUGGGAGUCGGCGGGACGAGGCUGCCGGCUGUGGGAGAAGAAGCGUUCGCGUUGACGGAAGGGGGAAGCGGGGGGACUGUAUUGGACACCGGGACGGCGGUGACGAGACUUCCGGCGGCGGCGUACACGGCUUUAAAGGAAGGUUUUGUGGAGGCAGCGAGAUUGCCGGCCGCGGGGGGAGUGUCGAUAUUCGACACGUGUUACGCGUUGGGUGGGUACGGGAGUGUGAGGGUACCGACGGUGACUUUAUACUUCGCCGGCGGGGCAGAGCUGAUUUUGCCGGCGAUAAAUUUAUUGAUUCCAGUGGACGGCGCCGGAACUUUUUGCCUGGCUUUCGCGCCGUCGGGAUCGGGCUUGACGAUAUUGGGAAAUAUACAACAGCAGGGAAUCCGGAUUACUGUGGAUUCGGCUAAUGGAUAUUUAGGUUUCGGCCCAGACACUUGUUAGAUAUUCAUCGCAUUACUACGUUU